CAGCACCAGGAUGUAUAAAUAGGUCAGUUUUCUCCGGAUCUGGACAUCGUUUUAGUGGAGCCCCCUGUGAGCACUGAACAGCAAUUUUCUUUGGGGCCGGUCAGGUAAAUCAAUACUGGGACUCACAGUAGCAUGGCUCUAAACAACCCAAACCCACUGGGACCAUGGAAGAUCACAGUUUAUGAUCAGGAGAACUUCCAGGGCAAACGUCUGGAGUUUACCUCAGCCUGCCAGAACAUUAUGGAGUGUGGCGUCAACAACAUCCGCUCUCUCAAGGUGGAGUGCGGAGCCUGGGCAGGAUAUGAGCACUCGAGCUUCUGUGGACAGCAGUUUGUGUUGGAGAGGGGGGAGUACCCUCACUGGGAGUCAUGGAGUGGCAGCAACGCCUACCACAUUGAGAGGAUGAUGUCCUUCCGCCCCAUCUGCUCUGCGAACCACAAGGAGUCCAAGAUGGUGGUGUUUGAGAGCGAGAACUUCAUGGGACGGCAGUGGGAAAUAAAUGAUGACUACCCCUCUCUUCAGGCCAUGGGCUGGAGUAACAAUGAAAUCGGGUCCAUGCAAGUUCAGAGUGGCGCCUGGGUGUGCUACCAGUUUCCAGGUUACCGUGGUUACCAGUACAUCAUGGAAUGUGAUCGCCACGGUGGCGAGUACAAACAUUACAGAGAGUGGGGCUCCCACGCUCAGUCCUUCCAGGUCCAGUCACUGCGUCGCAUCCAGCAGUGAGACCUGCAGCCAGAUCUCCCAGCCUCUCUCUCUGUACCUCUUCCACAUCCUCCUCCUCUUCCUUCCUUCACCCAGUCAUUCCAGCACUCCUUGGUGCUUAACCCUUCAGAUGUUUACAGAAAUGUUGUUUUAUCAAGAUGGGAACAAAGAAAAAGUUGAGUAAAGAAUCGAAAA